UGGUGUUAUUUGGCGGCAUUUAUAAAUAAAAAAAAUGUGUGCGGAGUGAAAUUAAAACGGAGACGUACUAAAAUUAAUUGAUUAAAGCUAAUAAAUCAUAAUUAAAAUUUUAAUAUCAAGAUUUUACAAUGCCGGAAUAUGUGAUAUCAGGCAUACCUGUGCAUUUUCCAUUUGAGCCCUACGAUGUGCAAAAAGCAUAUAUGGAAAAAGUAAUCAAUUGCCUUCGUGAUGGCACAAACGGUGUAUUGGAGUCUCCAACAGGUACAGGCAAAACAUUGAGUCUUCUGUGCUCAUCACUAGCUUGGCUGCUGUCUCGCAAAGCGGAUAUGAAAUCGAUGGUUCAAAUGCAUGCGAAAGGUGGCGUCCAAGCUCAACAAGUCAUUAAUGAGCUCAACACAAUGCAAACGAGGAAUGCUAACUGGGGAGUACCGAAAAUUAUAUACGCUUCACGAACACAUUCUCAAUUAACCCAAGCUAUGCAAGAAUUAAAACGCACUUCAUAUUCCUUUAUGCGUGCAGUUGUCUUAGGUUCACGCGAUCAACUAUGCAUUCACCCCGAAGUAAUGAGGGAACAGGGUAAUUCAAACAAAGUACAACUUUGUAAACUACGCAUACAAACACGCACAUGCACAUUCUACAAUCGCGUUGAGUCAAAAAAAGAUAGUCCAGAAUUAAAAGAGCAACCGGUAAUGGACAUUGAAGAUUUGGUAAAAGUAGGCCAGAAACUGAAAGUGUGUCCGUAUUUUGUGUCUAAAGAGCUGACUGGCGAUGCAGACAUAACAUUUAUGCCUUAUAACUAUCUCUUAGAUCCAAAAGCACGUAAAGCAAAUAAGGUCGAUUUGAAUAACACCAUUGUCAUACUGGAUGAGGCGCAUAAUAUUGAGAAAAUCUGCGAAGAGAGUGCAUCGGUGCAAAUACGAUCAUCCGAUAUUGCUUUAGCAAUCGAUGAUUUGACGCAUGUAAUGAAAGCAAUGAUGAAUGAAAAUUCCUUGGAUUUUAUGAGUAGUGAUGAGCCAAAAGAUUUUAAAUUGGAAGAUCUUGUAGCGCUGAAAGAAAUGCUGUUGGAUUUGGAAAAAGGUAUCGAUGACAUUGUGGUAGAAAAUAAAGCAGAAGGAGUAACAUUUCCGCCAUCGUUUAUGUUUGACUUACUAGCUGGCGCGAAGAUAACACCAGCUCUAGCGAAUGCGACAAUAAAUUUGUUGGAACGGCUUGUUACAUUCUUGACUGUGCAGACUCAAGAUAGUGCAUUUCGUAAAGGUGGUAGCUUUGAUGUUUUAUCAAAUCUUUUGAGUGUGGUAUUCGUGAAGAAGGAGGACCUUAUAUCAAAAGUUCAUAGAAGUUUCAAGGUACAUGUACAAAUUGAAGAAGUGAAACAACAAACAAAGAACUCUAGCAAAGAUGGCUGGCUCUCCAAGUCUUCAAAUAGCAAUCAUGUUUCUACAAAAUUGCCCAAAAUUAUUAAUUACUGGUGCUUUAAUCCAGGUUUUGGCAUGGAACAACUUUUAAAUACACAAGUACGCAGUAUAAUUCUGACAAGUGGUACCUUAGCGCCUUUGAAGCCACUAAUUGCCGAAUUAGCAGUGCCAAUUGCACAAAGUCUUGAAAACCCGCAUAUCGUCAAUCAAUCGCAAGUUUUUGUGAAAAUCAUCGGCACUGGUCCAGAUCGCGAGCAGCUCAUUUCAAAUUUCGCCAAUCGAGAUAAUCCAAAGUAUCUCAGCUCUUUGGGUCAAACGGUUCUUAAUGUUUCUCGUAUUGUGCCAGAUGGUUUACUCGUUUUUUUUCCCUCCUAUCCACUACUCAAUCAGUGUGUAGACGCUUGGCAGGCCAGCGGUCUUUGGGCAGAAGUGAGUCGCCAUAAGCCGAUUUAUGUAGAACCACGAAGUAAAGAGAGUUUCACUACAACAAUGGAGGAGUUCUACAAAAGCAUACGAGACACAAAGGGUGCUGUGUUCAUGGCGGUAUGCCGUGGUAAAGUGUCCGAAGGUCUCGAUUUUGCCGAUCGCAAUGGUCGUGCUGUAAUUAUAACAGGUUUACCAUUUCCACCAUUAAAAGAUCCAAAAGUUAUUUUAAAAAAACGUUACUUGGAAGAUAAUCGCACUAAAGAGAAUGAAUUACUGACCGGGCAAGCUUGGUAUAGUCUGGAGGCGACACGUGCUGUUAAUCAGGCUAUAGGACGUGUCAUUCGUCAUAGACAUGAUUACGGCGCGAUAUUGUUGUGCGAUGUACGCUUUGCACAGCCCAAUCAGGUAUCACAAUUGUCGAAAUGGAUUCGUGGGCAUUUGGGAACGGCACCAAAAAGUGUUCCCUUUGGUUCUAUUGUACGAGAAUUACGCGAAUUCUUUCGGAAUGCCGACAAAACUCUGCCAAAACCCAAAGAGCGUAGCAUCGAAACGUUGGUAAGCGAAACAUGUGAAGAAGCUGGUAUUGUGACAAGUCGCUACUUUACAGAUCCAAAAUUAAUGCUUGAAGCUAAAACUAAAUAUACAACAGCACAAUCAAUGGCCAUGAAAGUUGAAAAAACGAAUUCUAUUGAAAGUUGGACACCAGAUGAUUAUAAAGCGGCGGCAGGUCGGACACUUAGUAGUAAAGUGCCAAACGCUAUGGAUUUUAUGAGCCGUCUGGAUACAAAUGUUAAGUCCAUAGAUUUCAAUAGCGCUAGUUGUAGUAAUUCUUCGAGAAGUGGACUAGUUAGUAUACAUAAACGUGAGCGAACUUCACCAACUAAUAGCCCGAGUAGUAGCAACAACUCUCUUGCUAAUAACAAGAAAAAACGUUACAAAUUGGUAACAGAUACAUCACUUUCAAACUCGCCAAGUAACAGCACGCCCUCCGUCCUGGAUGAAUACAGUUUCAGAGCGAAAACGAAAUUAUCCAUUGAUUCGCCAACAGUGUUUGCUGAAAAAGAAGCGCCACAGGAACGUGUGGAGUUCCUACGUGUGCUACGCAGUUCUUUGUCAACCGACGAUUUCAGUGCUUUUACAACAGCUCUAAUGGCAUAUAGCCGACAGGAUAAAUUUGAAGAAUUUUUAGAAGUUUUAGUGCGAGUAUUGGCCAAACCCGAACUACAUUAUAUGUUGCGAGGCAUGCGUCGAUUUAUAAAAACGAAUCAUAAAGUGUUGUUUGACGAAGGCACUGCACACAUUUUAAACUUGUAAGGUAUUACGAGUAUGUUGGACAUUUGCCUUGCAAUGUAUGUAUGUAGAUUGUGAAUUUAGUUUAUUUUUGCAUUUAACUUGAUUUUACAUAAUUUAUAAGCAACUACAAUUAUUUAGCUAGCAUUCUAAGUAUCAGGUUUAUUAUUCUUUAAUAUGUUAAUUAAUAUAUGUAUGUAUGUGGAUAUUUUAAAAUAAAUGCACGAAAAUA